CAGGCAUCUACCAUGGAGCUGGCACAGGUCAAGGCAGCGGUCAAGGCAUGGGAAAAGGCAUUCAAGGCGGAGAACGGGAGAAAUCCGACCAAGGAUGAUAUCAAGAAGGAUAAGGGCGAUAUCGCAUCCCAGUAUGCGCUGUAUAGGACAUUAUCGAAAAGUGCAUCUUCCAAACCUGCAUCAACAUCACAAAGCAACGGCCAAUCCUCGAAACCCCUCCCCUCGUCCGCUUCCUCUUCAUCACACCACUCCCAACAGCCCCGCGUGACCCCGCGGCAUACCGUCGUAUCCGACUACCCCACCACACCUACACCGCCUUCUCGGAAAUCGUCUGGAGCCUACAGCGCUUUGCCGAGAGCGGCUGGAGCUGCGAGUACGAGCGCUUUGAAUGUCGGGUUGAGCGGUGUAAAGCGGAAGGCCGAUGGAGCAUCGAGUCCUCCGCGUAUGCGUCCUCCGGCAUCAACAGCCCGCACACUCUUUUUCACGCCAAAGAAACACGCCUACUCGGGCCCGAUCAUCGACCCGAACCCCGUCAACCCGUUCAACACUGCCAACUCGCCUUCGAGCGCCGCUAAAGACAAGGGACGCGAGUUUAAUGUGUCUUCUGGUCUAGCUCUGGAAAGAAGGAAAGAUGGAGGGAAAGGGGAUAUGAGCUCGCCAUUCAUCCACGCUAAUUCGCCGAAAAAGCUGAAACAGGUGCUGGAAGCGAAUUCGAUGCACCGCGCGCCUUCUCACUUAGGGGCCGGGGAGGGGAUCACGCCGAGGACAAAGGCGAGAAAGAGGUUGAGGGGAGAGUGGGUGGAAGAUACGCCGGGGAAGGAUCGGCAGGUGCGCCGGCGGAGGGGGCAGGGGUUUGCCCCUGUCAGUGAGCCUUUGGCGAGCCCUUCGAAAAGCGCCAAGGUGGAUGUGGGGGAUGACGAGAUGGAAGAGUAUGAGGAGGAUGAGAGUGCACUAGGCCCGACGCCUGUUAAACCGCCUCCACCUGGGGGCAGGGCUUACGCUCCUCUAUUUGAGGAUGUGGCUUCUCCUCUAAAGCCUGCCCCCAAAGCCAAUGCGGCUGCCAAUGGGAAAGCUGCAGGAAAGACGGGCGGCAAGCAGCAAGGAAUUAUGGGAUUCUUCAGCAGGGCAAAGAAUGCGGCAGAGAAAUCGUCCAAAGGAAAGGACAAGGAGACGCUGGUAGAGACUACACCGUCUCCGACUCCUUCUAAUGCUCCUCUCCCCGAUCCCCAAGAUCCCAUGCCGGAUACCACCAUCGCCGAUCCCCCGAUACCGCGAAAAUCUCGAACGCCACAGAGGCGCAAAGAGCUAGCACUGAGUGAUGACGAGAUUGACGAGUGGGAUCCCGAAGGAGGCAAAGUACGGACCAACGUCGUGAUUGUGCCUACGCGGCGAGAGCCAAAGAGGCCAAAGCAUGACGAGCUGGAAAGUAUAUUAGGUGACGGGCUGGACGAGGCGAGUCAAGACGAGGAAGAAGUGUAUGAAGACGAGGACGAGAAAGAUGAUCCAAACGAUCUGCCGUUCCCUCUGCUAUCCAUACUUUCCCCUCGAAAACACAUCUCUGGGCCAUCACGCGAAGAGCUCGAGUCUCUACGCGUCGACGCCAUCUUCAACCCUGCUGCGCUGAAAAGGCUGCAGGCUCUGAAGCGGGGGCAAGAUAUCACGUUUACGGGCGAGGGGCGAGGGGAAGAUGAGGAAGAAGGGGAGGAUGUACUGGAGAGGCUAGAGCAUGAGGAGGAAGACGGGGCGGACUAUGCCGACGAGGACUGGGAGAGCGAGGACGAGGGGUGGAAGCGGGCGGAGACGGGGCUGGACGACGAGUGGUAG